AAAUGGAUCGACGUGAAGUUUAUACAACACAACAGCCAGAUGGUACUUAUGUCACUACGACUACAAGAGAAAAGACCAAGUACAAGGAGCAUAGUGUGUGGUCAUGUGGACAUGGACCAACUGACAAGAAUUAUUGUCUGGGACCACUUGGUUUGCUGAGAAUAGCCGAAAUUUUCCUUUGCGUGGUAAUUGUAUGUCUAAUCACUUCAGUCUUCGGUCCAGGACCAUUCAAAGGAAUUUUAUUCGGACAAACGAUUCUUCUGACUGUUGCCAGCGUGGCAAUGCUUCUCACAUUCAUCUUCCUUAUUGCAUAUUUCUUUACUCUUCAUCUCUCUCAUCUUGAUUUCUUCUGUUGGCGUGAAGCUGAUCUUUUGUUCAAUGUGAUAUGUGCUGUUCUUUUUAUUGUACUGUCAAUUGUUGAAGCAUAUUAUUCAACUGGAAGUUGGUCAAACAAUUGCAAUGAUAUUGGAUCCGAUGGAAUUAUUCACAACGGAUGUCGGAUUAUCUACGAAUGGGCUUUUGCAUCUUUCCUAACAUUCAUCCUGGGAAUUUUCUACGCACUGACUGCCUUCCUCACUCAUAAGAAUCGUCAUUCACUUCGUAACAUAUCCAGAGAAGAACUAUAUUGAAGAUAAUGGUUUCUUUGAAAGUUUGCAUAAUAUAACUGAUUCUCUCGUGUUUUUUUUUCUCCCAUUCCUGCCGAUUUCUAAUAAAACAAAUACUUCUUCACACUAAUAAAUAUAUACAAUAUU